AUGGCCUCCAGAAUGCUUCGUAUCAACCGCAACGUUUUCCUCGCAGCACGACCGGCAGCUCGCAUUGCCUCUCAAAGAUCACCGUUCAGAAACAACAUCAACGACCUCAGCAACCACCGCUUUUUUACAACAACACAGAUUAUGUCCGUCCAAGUUGACUCCAACUUCAUCUCCCAGAUCACUGCGGCAGAGAAGCUUAUCACCGGCAAGGAUGAGCCAGCGAAGGGGGGCCCAACCGCAAAAGCUCAACAGCACGCUGGCCAGAACCUGACAGCACAAGUCAUCCACGACAUCACCGAGGGCGAGAAGCUGCUUACCGGCAAGGCUGAGGUCAUGCAAGGAGGCCCAACGUCCAUCGCCCAGUCCGCUCUUACAUCUGGCUCAUCGACAUCCACCAAUAAUGCCAACAACUCCUCUGCUUCAGGAAAGCUGGACUCAGAAACAUUGAGCAAGAUCACUGAAGCUGAGAAGAAGCUCACUGGCAAGGCACAACCGGUAGCCGGAGGCCCUACUGCGCAGGCGCAGAGCCAUGCUAAGGAGCCCAUCACUAGUGAGGCUCUACACGACAUCACCGAGGGUGAGAAGAAGGUCACUGGUGGAGAGCGCGUAAAGGGAGGUCCCACUUCGACCGCUCAGUCUGAGCUUGCCAAGAGCAGGUCAUAA